CCGUUCUUUCGUCUGCGUUGCCGGAAUUAUGCAUCAGAACCAAUUUCACUGACUAAUUUGAAGCGUGGUACCGGUGGGCGCUCUUCGUUCAACGGAUUAAUUGUGACAGUUUUCGGCGCUUCUGGCUACCUGGGCAAGCACAUUGUUACUCACUUGGGUCGAAUGGGUGCCCAGGUAAUCGUCCCCUACCGCAGUGAUCCCUAUUUCGUCCGAGACCUCAAGGUCAUGGGUGACUUAGGUCAAAUUCUAUUUUGUCCUUUUCAUUUGGAAGAUGAAGAUGCUAUCAAAAAGGCGAUGCGGUUCAGCAACGUUGCUAUUAACUGCAUUGGUAAAAUGAAUGCUACCCACAACUUCACUCAAGAGGCUGUCAAUUUGGAGGGAGCGGCCCGUAUUGCUCGUCUGUCAAAAGAUGUGGGUGUCGAGCGUUUUGUACACAUCUCCGCCCUCUCGCAAAACGAGAAUCCAGAGAAAUUCGUUUGGAGACCGUCAGAGUUUCGUCGCACAAAAGCUCUAGGGGAGAAAGCUGUCCUACGUGAGCGUCCUGAUGCCAUUAUCUUUCGCCCUGCCGACAUCUGGGGCAACUCGGACACCUUUCUCUGCUACUACGGGGCUAGAGGUAAGAAGUAUCGCUGGGAGCGCCGUUCUUCGUACGGAAGCAGACUGCGCCUCUGCUUGUGGGAGCGCGGUCAAAAGACCAUUAAGCAGCCGGUCUAUGUUGGCGACUUAGCCAGAGGCAUCUUGAACAGUCUCACUGCUGCCGACAGCCCAGGUAAGAUCUACGAAGCCGUCGGCCCUCAUCGUUACCGCUUGGACGACUUGGUCAAGUGGAUCAUAUUCAAUUGCCGUUACUUGCCACGGGAACUCACCAUCGGCAAAUUUGAUCCUUGGUUCCUGGCCCGCGUCUACGCGAACGAGUACUUUUCUCGUGUGAAUCCCAGCAUGUGCUUCGAGCGGCUGGAACAUGACAGCACCACGGACAAACUAUCCGGAGCACCGACCCUCAUCGACUUGGGUGUUAAGUUAACCAAGUUGGAGGAUCGUAUUCACCAAAUAUUGUUUAUUUAUCGCCGCCUCAACAACUACUGGGAGGCUGUUGGUGAAUUCCCUGAACCACCAAACCCUCCAAUCUCUCUGGCCUAA